AGAGGCUUUGUACAGUUUCAAUUAAUUUGUUUACAUUUUACAAAUCAACAUUCUUAAAGAAACUAAAAUAAAUAAAAAAAUAUUAAUUAAAUUCAUUUAAAUUAAAGGAAAACUAAAGAAAUAUAUAAAUACAUCAAUUUGAAAUCAAAAUAAAAGCAAUAUGGUGGUUUUAAAUUCUUGUUGGUCUCCCAUAAUAUGGUCGAAUAAUGUUAGGACCGGCAGCUAUGCGGUGGCAGCUUAUACAGCAGCUUUAUCCCUGGUACUCAUAACCAUGAUAGUUUAUAUGCUGUGUGGUGGUGAAUCAACUCAAUUAUAUUCUCCUUUAUUUGAAACUGAUAUUCGCAGCUCCAUGCCCAUAGUGGGAGGCUUUUUUAUAUUCUACUUUGUUUUAAUCAUUAUAGCCUCUUAUUUAGUAUUUUAUGGCAUUAAAAUAAGUGUACGCGGCUGGCUUUUGCCCUGGUUAAUCUUGGUGGGUGUAGCCAUUUUAUUUCAAUUGAUUUUUGGUUUAUGGCUUAUUGGCGGCUACUAUAUAUAUUUGGAACAGACCUUUUCCGCUUUGAUAAACUUUUGUUGGAUGGCCUAUAAUUUCUAUUGCUGGCUAUGUGUUUUCUCUCAGUAUCAAAUAUUUUUAGAAAUUCAAAAUCCGAAUAUAGAGCUCUUAAUGCCUUAAUUAAUUUUUUCUUGCACUUGAAACAUAUUUUUUUUUAUUCAAAUUAUUUUAGUUAAUUUCUUAAUUAUUUGUGCAUGCAUUUUUUUGUAAUGUUACAUUUUAUUACACAUUUUGAGUGUUAUUUUUAACUGUAACUUAAGUAUAAUUAAUUAAGAUUUUAUAAAACUAUUAAGACUAUAUAUUUUCUUUAACAUUCCGUCCAUUUAAUGUGAAAAUAGUUGUGUAAGUUUUGUGGCCUUUUUGACAUAUCACAGUGUUCCAUAGCAUCUUAUCGAAAUGUGUAUGUAUUUGUAGUUUUUAUACAAAUUAUUAAUAUAGUAAAAUAAAAAUAUUUUUCUCAAAA